ACAUCAAGAUCAACUAUUUAGUACUUAUUUCUGUCUUCAAACGCUUUGCGGUUACAAUGACUAUUAUCAAAGGUCACAGAUAAUUAGUUGGGUUUUCAAGAAUGCUUCUCCUGUUAAUAAUGUUUUUAAUUUGUCAUUAGAACCAUAAAAAAAAAUAAAUGAAAUGGAGCAUUUUAAACGUAGUGAAGUGUAGCGUUGCAGUGUUUCGUAAUAUGGAUUCUCAUGGGCGUUCUUCUCCAUUGAUAACGUAAAAUGUUUAUCAGACCAUCACUACAAUUAUGAAACCACCCAUAAAAACCCAGGCUAUGCAAAGGAUAUGGGCCUGUACAUGCCAGAGGAGGUCCCUGUGCUACAGAAGGAGGAAUUACAAGGUCUCUCUGGCUAUUCCUACACCGACCUUGUAUGUGAAGUUGCCCGAAGAUUCAUAGAUGAGGCAGAAAUUCCCACCGUAGAACUGCAAGAGCUCAUCAAGAACAGUCUGCAUAGGUUUAGAAUCCCAGAGGUGGUGAGGAUUGAGAAGCUGAAUGGAGGACUGAACAUAGUGGAGCUGUUCCAUGGCACAACACUUGCCUUCAAGGACCUGGGGCUGGAGGUGGUGUGUGCCUUGCUCAGCUACUUCCUCACGAGAUCUGGUCACCAUGUCACUGUUCUCGUUGGCACUUCAGGAGACACUGGCAGUGCAGCCAUUGAGGGGGUGCGUGGCCGGACAAACAUGGACAUUGUGGUGUUGCUGCCUAAGGGCCGUUGUACCCUCAUCCAGGAGCUCCAGAUGACCACUGUGAUGGAAGACAAUGUGCAUGUCUAUCGUGUUGAAGGCACAUCAGAUGACCUGGACCAACCCAUCAAGCAGUGCUUUGGUGACAGUCAGCUGGUGGCAUCACAUGGUCUUAUUUCUGUCAACUCCAUCAACUGGGGGCGCAUUAUGGUCCAGAUUGCCCAUUACUUCUACUUGUACUUCCAACUCUGUGAAAAAGUGGGCUCUCCAGUGGAGGUGGUGAUCCCAACAGGGGCUUGUGGCAACAUUACAGCUGGUUGCCUUGCUCAGAGAAUGGGACUUCCUAUAACACUAGUGGCAGGAGUGAACACAAACAACAUUGUUGCCAGAACAUUAGAUGGUGGAGACUUUUCUGUGCAGGGCAAUGUAGUCACAUCCUUAGCACCUGCCAUGGAUAUACAGAUCCCAUACAAUGUGGAGCGGUUGAUGUACCUGUAUGCUGAUGGAGACACUAACAGGGUGAAGAAGUUGAUGGAGGAUUUUGAGAGCAAUGGGAGGGUGCUAAUCCCUCAGGAUAUCAUGGAGGCCAUGAGGACAGCUGUCACAGGAACCUUCACUGUGGAUGAUGAGGAGAUCACUAAUACCUUGUACAAGAUUCAUCAUGAUCACCACUAUAUAAUGUGUCCCCACACUGCUGUGGCUGCAGCUUACCACUACAGGAAAAUGGGAGGAGAACACUUACCCCACGCCUACAUUGCCACUGCCUCGCCUGCCAAGUUCCCAGAGGCGCUGCAGAAAGCUGGGGUGCCUCCAGUGACAGAACUUGUUACUCACCUUAAGUCCCUCCCCACACGCUCAAUGGAGAUGAGGAAGGGAGAAGACUGGUAUGCAAUGCUCAGAACAAAGAUUGAGUCGAUCACUGCCAGGAGAUCAAAAGCAUGAGAGGAACUGUCACUUCAGCCUGAUACAUCUGUGAAGGUGCUGGUCUUGACUUUUCUUGCCAUUCAACACAGCAGAAAUUAUAGUUCAUAUUCAAGCCUGGAAGGUAAAGCUACUUGUAAUUAGGUGUUAGUAAGAUGUAUUAACCUUACCGUAGAUGUAUGUAGAGUGAAAACAGAUGUUGCAUGCUUAGGAUAAUGAAUAUUUGGCUAUGAUGCAUAAUAAAGUAAAAUAAAAAAUA